UAGGUCAGUACGUUGUCAGUCGCAGUGUGUCUGGGCUGGCUUCUCCGGCACAGGCGCCUCUUGAAAGUGCUCGAAGACUUUCGCAGUGUCAAAGGAACUGCAUUUCGAUUGAUGAAUGAAUCGGCCGACCAUAUUUGUCAUUGACAACUCCUGAGAUCGCUCCAAUUGUGUGAGAGGUCUUUUUCCUUCUUCUGGAAGGCGAAGAAUCCGUCCGAAAGGCGAGAUUUUCUGGAGCAGCGGAAGUGGAGUUUUGGUUCACGGAGAAGACGGACGAGGAUCGUAAGAGCCAGAGGGGAGCCAAUUUGACUGUGAAUUAUACACAGAGCUGUGCGUAGAACUUGCAGGGCUUCAGGCCUGGGAGGAGAGUAAAAGUUAGACCUCCUCAGCUUUGAGGUCUGUUGUUCUAUUUGAAGAAGGUGGGUUUGAGCGGAUUGGAACGGGCUUUGAUAAUCGGUUCUGAUCAGGGAAGAGAAGGCAGCGGGAUCAGGGAGCGGAUAGUCACAUUGUGAUGAAUCGAUUUUAGGAACUCUCUGGACAGCUGAACAGGAUAACUGGGUGGAGAAGAUAGAGAGGAUCAGAGAAAAAGGACAUGGAGGGCGGAUUUGGCGCAGGGCGUGUUCUUGUGUUGGGAGUAUGCGUAGCUGGAAUAUGGAGCGCUUAUGUUUAUCAGGGAGUUUUGCAGGAAACAUUAUCAACGAAAAAGUUUGGACCUGAUGGCCUUAGAUUCGAGCACCUUACCUUCCUGGGGUUUGCUCAAAACGUUGUUUGUUUCGCUUGGUCAUUUUUGAUGUUGUCGCUGUGGAGUCCGAAAAGACAGUCGCAAGCACCGCUAUGGAAGUUCUGGAGUGCCAGCAUUUCAAACUCUAUCGGACCUGCUUGUGGAAUACUUGCCCUAAAAUAUAUCAGCUACCCUGCGCAGGUUCUUGCGAAGUCGUCAAAGAUGAUUCCAGUCAUGUUAAUGGGGGCAAUCGUGUACGGUGUCAGAUACACCAUACCUGAAUAUCUCUGCACACUUCUUGUUGCUGGUGGUGUCGCUACUUUCGCUCUGUUCAAGAGCAGCAGAAAGUCAAUUAGUAAGAUUGCAAGCCCCAACGCUCCUUUGGGAUACACGCUUUGCUUCAUUAAUUUGGGCCUAGAUGGAUUCACAAAUGCAACACAAGAUUCUAUAACCUCCAAGUAUCCGAAGACGAGUGCAUGGCACAUCAUGCUAGGGAUGAAUCUUUGGGGAUCCGUAUAUAUGGCAAUUUAUAUGUUUGUCAUAACAAACGGAGGCUUUGAGGCUGUGGAGUUUUGCAGGAGUCACCCCGAAGCGUUUCGGGACAUUCUCUUGUUUUGCCUUUGUGGUGCUGUCGGGCAAAACUUCAUAUUCUUGACAAUCAGCCGGUUUGGUGCCCUUACUAAUACCACCAUCACUACCACACGCAAAUUCGUCAGUAUUCUGGUUUCUGCUCUUUGGAAUGGAAACCCCUUGAGCUUCGAGCAGUGGACCGGAGUGGUCAUGGUAUUCCUGGGGCUCACCUACCAGAUUGUUUUAAAGUGGCAGAAAAGAAAGUCCAAAGGCAGCUCCAAACUUGAUGCUGCUGCUUUAAAGAAAGCAUAGGAUGCCUAAUUUUACAAAUCUAUAAAUUAAGGUAUACCAGUUUUUAGAUCCCCCAGUUUUGACCCAAAAUGGCUAUCGAAAUGCCACUCUCUCAUGUAUUACCGAAGGUAAGCAUUCAAAUGAUUAAGCG